GUGGAUUGCUGGCCAUACAAGCCGACAGCCCCCUAGAAAGCUGCAAGUCCACUCCACCUCCCACAGGCUUCUCCUGCCGUCAUGUCUGAGCACAGCAGAGGGAUCACACAUCAGUAAAUAAAUGGUGUUCUGUUACCCUGGAGAUCAGCAGCAUCCUUCGAACAGAACUGGACUCCAGAGAAAUCCAGCCUCUCUGAGUGUUUCUUUUUGGCCUGCAGAUGGAGGCGAAGGAACACACCACUUCUUUCUUUCUCCAGCAAUUCUGUUUCCCUUUGGAGUGUGAGGUUAACUGAAGCUUGUAUGAAAGAACUAGCCACCCCCGCUCCACAGUGAUGGUUAAACCUCUAGUCACGGCUGCCUCCACCCUCGCCAGUGCGUUCCUCCCUCUCUCCCUCUGCCGUUGUCCCACGGGUAAAGACGAUUUCAGCACCGGGAUAGAUCCGCCACCGUCUCUUGGCAACAUGGCGACAGAGUUUCAUAAUCUCCAAGAUCUAAGGCAUACUGCCACACUGGCCACCAAGGUGUUCAUUCAGAGGGACUACAGAGAUGGCACCGUCUGCAAGUUCCAGACCAAGUUUCCAGAAGAGCUGGACAACAGGAUCGAGAGGGCACUCUUUGAGGACACUAUAAAGACGCUCAAUAAUUACUACGCAGAGGCUGAGAAGAUCAGUGGUCAGUCCUACCUGGAGGGCUGUCUAGCCUGUGCCUCUGCUUAUAUCAUUUUCCUCUGCAUGGAGACACGCUAUGAAAAGGUCCUGAGAAAGAUCUCCAUGUAUAUUCAAGAACAGAAUGAGAAGAUCUAUGCACCCCGGGGCCUACUUAUCACUGAUCCUGUUGAGAGGGGCAUGAGAGUGAUCGAGAUUUCUAUCUUUGAUGACCGCAUCUCCAGUGGCUCCAGCUCCAGUGGCAGCUCUGUGUCCAGCGGCAGUGCUCGGUGACUGGAGGAACAGCACCAGGGGUAUGGGUACCGGGUGGCCGGAGGCCUCCCCAAGAUCCGCAUGUUGAAACAUGAGAGCACCAGAUUCUGAACUGAGGAAAUAAAUGUCCCAUAUUCCUCUCUUUCUAUUUCUCUCUCUCUCUCUCUCUCUCUCUCUCUCUCUCUCUCUCUCUCUUUCUGUCUCUCUGCUGUGCUAACCAAAAAGCAUAAACUCAUGUGCUAUAUAUACACUUGACCUUCAUUCACCUUUUCCAUUCAUAUUAUCUACUCUUCUGCGAUUCCAUUAGCAACAGACAUGAUCUCUGAGUUACACUCACCAUGUCCCGCAGUUGCUGAUAUAAAGAGAAAUAGUCUACAUUUGCUAUUAGCGAAAUACCCCAAGGAUACCAUGUGGAUAACUGUUCCCUCUUCUCCAUUUUGGGGCAGUUGCACAUUUGGCAGCCGGGCCGAUGCUGACUCAUGGCCAUGCCUUCCUUGUUCCUCUAUCUGGUCUUCUUUAAGAAGCCAAACUGGAGGUCACUGC